UACUUCAUAGACACCGCCCAAUUAGCCAAUUCGGACACUUCCGUCAACUCGUCGCACCUAGAAAACUUGCCAAAUACAUUUAACAAAUCCCAACCACUUUGGGCCAUGAGGAUCUUAAAAUGGGUCUUUUUAUCGCUGCUCACAGUGGCCCUCCAGAACCCGAGCCUGCCUAACAAUGUACGGUCGGCUGUGCUCUUGGAAAGAAUCAGCAACAACGCCGCCAUUCGGGAAAUUUUUGAUCCAAAUGUGGAGAUGUUCCUGGGCCAACCCGACGACAAAACGCCCAGCGAUGACUGCCCGCCUUGUUUCAAUUGCAACCUCCCAAAUUUCGAGUGCACUCAGUUUUCCCAGUGUAAUACUUUCACGGGAAUGUGUGAAUGUCGUGACGGAUACGGCGGCAUGGACUGCUCCGUGCCCUUAUGUGGUGGUCUAGAGGAUGGCAAUGGCAACAGGCCCAUGAGAAAACAUGACACCUGUGACUGUAAAAAUGGAUGGGGAGGCAUCAACUGUAACUUGUGUACCGAGGACUCGGCGUGUGACGCCUUUGUGCCCGAGGGCUUGAAAGGCACGUGCUACAAAGGCGGGCUUCUUGUGAACAAGUUCCACCAGAUGUGUGACGUGACCAACAAGAAAAUCGUGGCCAUCUUGGACGGCAAAAUCCCACAGGCUACUUUCAGCUGCAACAAGACCGCCGAGACUUGCGACUUCCAGUUCUGGAUCGACCAAAAAGAGUCCUUUUAUUGUGACUUGAACCAGUGCAAGUACGAGUUCAACGCCAGGUCUAACACCACGCACUACAACUGCGAGUCCGUUGCCUGUAAGUGUUUACCCGACCGCAUGUUAUGCGGUGAGAAAGGUCUGAUUGACAUCUCCGAGUUCCUUACUGAGACCAUUCGGGGACCAGGUGACUUCACGUGCGACGUCAAUGCGAAAAAUUGCCGGUUUUCAGAGCCCAGCAUGAAUGACUUGAUCUCGUCGGUGUUCGGCGACCCGUACAUCACGUUGCAUUGUGAUUCUGGCGAGUGUAUCCACAAAAGCGAGGUUCCGGGCUACGAUAUUCCGCAACGACGGAAAUUUACCAUCAACAACUUCAUCACAAUUGGUGCUGUGCUCAUUGUAUCCAGUGUUAUCAUCAGCUGGUCCGUGUACAGCGUUGGUAAAAGCCCGCUUUUCUCCUUAACAAGUGCUUCAGGCUACGUUCCCUCCACGGACGAGCAUAAUCCGCUCAGUGAGAAUUAUACCCCAGCCGCGUUUUCCUUCAAGAACGUAUCCUACACUCUAAAGAACGGAACGAAGGUUUUGAAUGAUGUCUACGGGCUUGUGCAUCCGGGCCAGUGCUUGGCCAUCAUGGGCGGCUCUGGUGCGGGAAAGACAACCUUGUUGGAUAUCUUGGCUGCAAAGAAAAAGCGUGGAAGUGUAGAGGGAGAGAUCUACGUCAAUGGACAAGUCUUGUCUCCCUCUACAUAUAAGUCGAUCGUUGGAUUUGUCGACCAGGAAGACCAUCUUAUUCCCACUUUGACCGUGUAUGAAACUGUUUUGAAUAGCGCGUUAUUAAGGCUUCCCCGGGCCAUGAGCUUUGCUGCAAAAGUAUCGCGUGUCACCGAAGUGUUAAACGAGCUCCGGAUCCUCAGUAUCAAAGACCGUGUGAUUGGGUCAGAUUUUGACCGAGGGAUAUCGGGCGGCGAGAAGCGGCGCGUCUCCAUCGCCUGCGAGUUGGUCACGUCUCCCUCGAUAUUGUUUCUUGACGAGCCCACAUCGGGUUUGGACGCCUAUAACGCGAAGAACGUUAUUGAUUCGCUCGUGAAAUUGGCCAAAGAUUUCAACAGAACCAUUGUUUUCACAAUUCAUCAACCUAGAAGCAAUAUUGUAUCUUUGUUUGAUAAACUCUUAUUGCUAAGCGAAGGUGACUUGAUAUACUCGGGAGACAUGAUCAAUUGCAAUGAUUAUUUCGGAAAACAUGGAUACCCAUGCCCUCUUGGAUACAACAUCGCGGACUUCUUGAUUGAUAUCACUGUCGACCACAAGAAAGUCAUUCGUGUGCCGAAUGAGGCUAGUACUAAAAGCGUUCAUGACCGCUUUCUUUCCAAUACGACUGGUAGUACUGACAUUACGAGAGAAUGGGAGCAUUUUGCUGUUCAUCGAGAUGAAUAUAAUUAUCAAAGAAUCGGUGACUCUUCUGAAAAUGGGGACGAAUUAAUCAGGUUGAACACAAAAUUGCCUCAAAAAUUCGAGGAAUCUCCAAUUUCCAUCGAACUUAGGAGAGAAAUUCUGGAACUUGCUGUCGAUCCUAAGGAACUAAACUUAGAGCAACACAUGCUUCAAAAAGCAAGUUUUUUUACUCAACUUUCGAUAUUGUCGUCUCGGACAUUCAAGAACUUAUACAGGAACCCACGACUCCUCUUGACAAAUUACGUGUUGUCGCUUGCUGUUGGACUUUUCUGUGGUUUCUUAUAUUAUGAUGUCAGCAACGACAUCAGUGGAUUUCAAAACAGACUUGGUGUGUUCUUUUUUGUUUUGGCACUCUUUGGAUUCUCUUCCUUGACUGGCUUACAUUCAUUCGCACAAGAAAGAAUCAUCUUCAUUCGUGAAAGAGCCAACAAUUAUUAUCAUCCUGCUUCAUACUAUGUCAGCAAAAUUAUUUGUGAUUUGCUUCCCCUUAGAGUACUUCCACCCGUUAUUUUGUUGAGCAUCAUGUACCCCAUGAUUGGAUUGACCAUGGAGCAUAAUGGAUUUUUGAAAGCUCUUGCGAUAUUGGUGCUUUUCAAUCUCGCAGUUGCAAUAGAAGUCUUGAUCGUGGGAAUUGUGAUUAAAGAUCCGGGAACUUCAACGAUCAUCGGUGUACUAAUUCUUUUAUUUUCGUUAUUGUUUGCAGGCUUGUUCAUCAACAGCGAAGAUCUAAAAACACAGAUGAAAUGGCUUGAAUGGAUUUCUCUAUUCCACUAUGCGUAUGAGGCGUUGGCUAUAAAUGAAGUGAAAGACUUGAUCUUGAAGGAGAAGAAGUACGGGCUCUCCAUAGAAGUCCCAGGAGCAGUGAUUUUGAGCACUUUUGGCUUUAAUGUUUCUGCCUUCUGGAAUGAUAUCCUUUUUUUGGUCGGUUGGGGAGUGACUUUUGUCGUGUUAGGGUAUGUCUUCUUGCACUCCUUUACUUACGAGAGAAGGUAAUUCGAUGCGUCAUGAUUUAGAAAAAUAAAUUCACACGUUUCCCGAAGCAUGAAGUAUGAUAAUCGAGAAAUUCAUUUCUUUUCUGCAGGGCAGGCAAAACGACACUAAAAGUAACUGUACAUGUAGUCACUCGAAAACUCAUGCUGCUCCCAAAAUCUAUGAAUCUGAUACCAAAGAUUCUUAACGGCUUUCAGCUUCGCACCUAGUAACAAACAUCGACGUCCAUUCUCUCAGGAAUGGCCCAGAUGUGUUUUAUUUUUUAUUUUUCUUUUGGUAGAUUCAUCUGAUUAAAGGGGC